AUGGCAGCUGAAGACCCGUCUGUUCGCUUUCUUGAGUACGUACCCACAUGGGCUCUUGUCACUGUUUGCUUUGUUUUCAUCACACUUUCCAUUAUCCUGGAAAUAUCUAUCCAUCGCCUCACCAAGCGUUGUCGACAACUUGCAAAAGAUGAUGAGUGUACAUAUGAUGCCCGUGCAAUCUCGGAAGGCAGUUGUCGAUUGCGAGUCGUCAGCAGAAAAGGCAGGAUAAGUGUGCUGGCAAAUCGGCAGGUUCAAUCAUUGAUUUGUCAACCUACUCAGGUUGAUUCCAACAAUGAAGAAGUAGAAGAUGGGGAGGAAGAUAAGGAAGUUAAGAAGAAAGAAAGACCAGAAAGGCUGAAUCUUGUCGCUGACAAAACUCACUCACAUUCUUCAUCACCAUCAACCAAAAAAGGUCGAAAAAGUCUUAGGCACACAAGAAAACUGCAUAAAUCAAUGAGCUGCAGGAGAUCAUCGGAGCUAGAACUUGAAGAAGUAAAAGGGUUUAUGGAUAUUGGUUUCAAAUUCAAGAAAGAAAACUUAAACCCAAGAAUGUUGAGCAUAGUCCCUGGAUUGCAAAGACUCGGAUUGCUCAGUGAUAGACAUAGUAGUACUAUUAGUGAACUGAAUGGGAUUGCGGAAUCAGUGGCAAAAGAUGGGAAAUCUGAAGAGGAAGAGGAUAGAGGUGUCUUGAGACCAUAUUUAUCAGAGGCUUGGCUUAUAAAGAGACCCAAUUCACAACUAUUAAAUCUGAAGAUGCCUACAGUCUAUGCCGCUGCUGAUGAGAUGAAGAAACACUUGAGAUUCUGGGCUAGAAUGGUUGCAUCAGAAAUCCAAUAAGAAUCUGAAACUAGCUAGUUUUGUCUCAUAAAGAUUGGGAAUACAAGAGAAUGGAGAGCAAUUUACAUAAGUAAUAAGUAGUAACAUAUGUAGAGAAUUUUACACUGAUGUAGAUAUACUUUUUUGUGUGUUAACUUCUUGUCUUAAUGGUACAGUACAGUUUUGAUUCUUUCAAGUGCUUUGGUGCUUUAAAGAUAAGGUUUUGGGAUAUAUAUGUAAUGGGGCCUUCCAAAUGAGAGCAUUUUAAUGAAUUACGCCUUUGUUCUGUUGGACUGC